UGGGGUGUGUUUGUUAUUGGUGGUGAACCCGGAAAUAGGCGGGGUUAUAUAUCUCCGGGGGGCGGGUUGUGAGUGCGGCAAGCGCUGGCAUGGCGGCGUGUACAAGAUGAUUACACCAUCAUUCUUGUGAGCCAUCAGUUUUGUACAUCACUCAAAAAAGCAAUGGAUAAUGUGCCAGAGUUAUAUGAAAUCUUCAAAGGAGAGGUUGCAAAUGUCACAGAUUAUGGAGCAUUUAUCAAAAUUCCAGGUUGCACAAAGCAAGGUCUUGUCCACAAAACACACAUGUCAUCUUCUCAUGUUGACCAUCCUUCAGAAGUAGUAGACAUUGGUGAGAAAGUGUGGGUGAAGGUUAUUGGUAACGAGAUAAAAGAUGGGAAGCAGAAAAUCUCCUUAUCCAUGAAGGUUGUCAACCAAGGAACAGGGAACGAUAUUGAUCCAAACAAUGUGGUUUUGGAGCAGGAUGCACGAAAGAGACGAGAGUUUAAGGACUACAGCAAGCAGAAGAUAAUACUGGAGGCUGUACUGAACACUGUGUGUAAAAAGUGUGGAUGUAAAGGGCACUUUGCGAAUGACUGUUUCGUGCAACCUGGAGGAACAAAAUACAGUUUGGUACCGGAUGAGGAUGAGGAUAAGGAAGAUGAAACAAAAUCUAAGAAGACAGCUAAGAAGAAAAAGAAGACCUUAUUUUCCAUGCACAUGGAAGGAACAGGAUUUCUGACUGCAAAAGAUUCAGUCCUUUACAUCUAGGCAUGCCAGAGACAUUCCCUAGACCUGAACCCAGUAGGGUUAUAGGACACCGGAAGAAGGUCAUAAAAUCACCUAUCAUGAUUUUUUUAGUAGGAAAAGGGUUACGCUCUUAGGAAUUGUUUGCUUGAAGAUACAGCAUCAGAGCUUAUCUGACUAGUUCACCCAAUUCGAUGCGUUUACAGCUCGGUAUGUAUCCUUCAUGUCACCCCGGUGGACGAACUGGAUGUGACUAACCAAUAUUCGUCUUUUACUCCUACUAUAGAAUUAAUUCCUUGUGGUAGGGAUCUGCUUAACUUAACACUCAUUGGUGCCUGGAGUGGAUUAUGAUCUCAAACACCGGAUAUUUACGAAAUACUGUAUUUUGUUGGUGUAUAACACUCACGUGUUUACCCUGAAAAUGUAGGGUAAACUGUGCCUGCGUGUUAUACGCAGGGGGCUGUGGAAAAUUUCUUUCCCCGACACUUUUGGUUUUUCUGUUAUAUACCAAUAAAUGCGGUGGUUACUCGCA